AUGCAUUACCGAAUCCAACUGAUCUGUUUCUUUCUUUUUCAACAUGUCAAUAGUAUCAGAAAUCCAUUACUGGUUCAUAUUGCAGAACAACAAGGUCGUUCAAGUACAACUGAAGCGUAUGUAUAUCGUCAUCGUUUAGUUACUCGAACGUCAACCGCAUUAGCAACUAUAAAUAAUCAUGAUAAUUUUGGACCAGAAACGGUGACGUCGUAUUGGAAUUAUUAUCAGCCGAAACCAACGUUUUCAAAUGAAAUUACACAAUCAAAUCGAACGGAAAAUCUUUGUCCAAGACAAAGGAAUGUUCAUCGAAACUGUCAACGAUCUUGCCAAGGAACGAAUCAAAAUACGAACUGCCGUUACCAAAAAAUCUGUGUUUGUGAUCAUAAUUGCGGAUUUUCUUGUCUUUCAAGAUCUUUGAUUACUGAACGCUAUCUUUGUCCAAUCUUAAACAAUCCUGCACAUGGUCGAAUUCAAUACGAAGGCCAUUCGUUCUAUAGUCGGUUAUUUUAUGAAUGUAAUCCGGGAUACACAGUUGUCGGACCAAAAGAACGUAUUUGCGUUAGCGAUGGAUUUUGGGAACCAGUUAUAGAUGUUUACUGCAUUCGUAAAGAUGAAGUUUGCACAAUUGAUCAUCUAAUCACAAAUGGUCAGCAUAUGCCACAACAACAAGUUUAUUAUCCUGAUCAACAAAUACGAAUUGAAUGUAAUCCUGGAUAUGAACUGAAUCGCUUGUCUCCUGUUCAAACCUGUUUGAAAAAUGGCACAUGGUCACCGUUAGAGAUGCCGAGAUGUUUAAAAUCUCCAUGUGGUGAACCACCAUCGAUUGCAAAUGCCUAUAUUGUGAAUACAACAUCCUCUUAUGCACACUAUGCUUGCAUCGAGAGAUACAUUCUAAAAGAUUCCGUAUCCAAAAUUGAAUGUAGACAAGGUCGAUGGCAAACCAGUCGGCCACAAUGCAUCGAAGCCAUGUGUCGACAUCCGGCAAUGGAAGGUUUCAAUGGACAUGUUAUGAAUGCUCGUUCGAUAUUUCUUUCGGGUGAAAGUACAGGUCUGUCAUGUAAUAGUAGUACGCGUUAUGAUCUCAUUCCGAUGGUUAAUUAUGUUAUUUGUGAUAAUCACGGUUCAUGGAAACCGAUUUUACCGAAAUGUUAUGCGAAAUGCCGUUUGCCUGAAUUGGGAAAGAAAGUAGUGGGCUAUUUUAUGGAUGAUAGUGCCAAUGAAUGGUAUGGAAAAGAAUUACAACCCGGAGCAUAUAUUCGACAUGGUUAUACGAUCAAAUAUCAAUGUCAAUGUCCAUCGAAAUUCACUGAAAAAUGUUCGCUGAUAAAACCAUCGUUUAUACAAUGCCUUGAUGGGCAAUGGACGAAUGGUGGUCCCCAUUGUCGAGAAGAAAUAUCGGAGACAUGUCACGUUUCAUUGAACAUUUCACAUAUUUUAUUAAACAAUAAUACCAAACUCAAUAACGUAUUGAAUGAAAGUCAAUCAUUGGAUUAUGAAUGUAUUGAUGGUUAUAAAAAGAUGACGAACGUGACAUGUAUACAAGGAUAUUUAACAGCAGAUCCAUUAUGUGAACCAAAAAAUUGUACUACGCAUCCCUAUUGGAUUAAAAAUGGUUAUGUCAAAUAUCAAAAUCGACGGCACGGUGGUCAUGCUGAAUAUUCAUGUCGAAAUGGGUACAAAUUGAGUAAUUAUCGAACAAUUCGAUGUUUAUUCGGUCAAUGGGAAUCGCCUUACGAUCGAAAUAAUCUGAUUCAAUGUCUUGCAGAUACUUGCCUUCAUCCUGGAUUUAUUCGUCAUGGAAAAACGUAUGUUGUUAAUUACGGUACAUCGCGUUAUAUUCUGUCAGCAAAUGUGACAUUGAGACAUGGCGCUUCAUUACAGUUUGAAUGUGACCCAGGUUACAUGCUUGCUGGUAAUCGUGGUACAACUUGUUUUUCAGGUUUAUGGAGACCUGAUCAGUUACCUGUUUGUAAAGAAGAUCGACAUGUGUCCUUGCAACAUACAUUACACAAAUUUGUCAGUUACUGGAUCCGUGACCUUUCGUAUUGUCCACGAAAGCGCGAUGCCGCACGUCAGCGACAAUGUUUCAAAUCGUGCUUCGAUGACAGUGAUUGUCGAAGUCGAUAUCGGUCAUGUGUUUGCGAUUACGACUGUGGAAUGUCAUGUGUUAAACGAGGCAUUAGCUGCCCGUUUUUAACAUCUCCGGAACAUGGUCGUAUCAUCUACUCGAAUGGAAACAAAUUCGGUUCACGUGCUACGUAUGAAUGUGAUGCAGGUUUUGUACUGGAAGGCUCAAAAUAUCGCCAUUGCCAAGGUGAUAUGUGGUGGGGACCAUCGGACGCUGUUCCAUAUUGUGCGAAAGAAGUGUUUUGUAAUCGACCACCUGAUAUAAUCAAUGCUGUAAAUGAUAUUCCAACAACAAUUACGACGUUUCAUGCGGGAUAUUCAGUGAAAUAUACUUGUUUAACUGGUUAUGUUGGAACUGGCACGACGACAUCGGAAUGCGCAUUCUUAGGCCAAUGGACGUUUGCAACGUUGAAAUGUACUCCGAUUGAUUGUGGCUCACCGGGAACAUUACGAGAUGGAUUCUUAAGUGGAGAACGAUUCGAUUAUCCGAAUAUCAUCGCAUUUUUUUGUAAUGAUGGAUUUCAAUUAGUUGGAAAAGAUACAACACGAGCCUGCCAGGAAAAUGGACUUUGGUCAGGAACGAUGCCUGUUUGUCAAAAAAAAUCAUGUGAUACACCACCGAUUGUUAGUCAUAGUGAAGUUAUUCAACCUGACCGGACAACCAAUGAUACUAUUCAAUACGUUUGUCAGGAUGGAUAUCAAUUACAAGGUCCAUCUAUCUUGCGAUGCACUUCAUCCGGUUGGCAACCAACACCGCCAACAUGUGAACCAAUCACAUGUAAAGAUCCUCAAAUCGAUUUCAAUGGUUAUAUUGAAACAUUAUCCGUCAAUGAUUCGUUGAAAUAUUCAAUCAACUCAAUCGUAACGUUUCAAUGUCCCUCUAAUAUGACACUGCGUGGUGCACGAAUAUCGAAAUGUCAACCGAACGGAAAUUGGUUACCAAAAAUUCCUGUUUGUGAAAAACCUAUUUCCUGUUCAAUACCAAGUCUUCCACGUGAUGCUCGUUACAUACGACUUCGUCCGUUUAUGGAAAAGAUCCCCGAUGGAAGUCAUCUAGAGUAUCUAUGCGAAAAUUCGAAACAACGUCAACGUAUUCUUUGUCGACGUGGAAAACUUUUCCCGAAAAGUCCACGUUGUUACAAUGGUUGCCGUGUCGAAAGCGACACCGUUAUAUUUUCCAAAACAUUCUACCGUCAUCGUGAGCAUGUUUAUUACUCGUGCAAAAGUAAUAACAGUUUACCAAUAAGUAACGAAACGGUUCGUUGCAUCAAUGGAAACCUUUCCGAACAGCCAAUUUGUCAAUCAAUUAAAUGUAUUGUCCCUCACAUGCUUUUCUUACGUAAUAUUAUCAAUACAACAAUUCCAUCUGGAACGUUGAUCGAACUAGGCUCUUCGUUUUCAUAUUCGUGUGCAGAUGAUUAUCAACCAAUAGUUGAACCAGCGACCGUGGAAUGUUUUGAAGAUGGCAAAUUAUCUCAUCACGCACAUUGUAUACCCAGAUCAUGUCAAGAACAUCCACCCACGAUAACAAACGGUCGAACCAUCUUUCACUCGACAAAACACGGAUCAAUAGCGAAAUAUCGUUGUUUUCCUGGCUUUCGAAUAGAAAAUAAUCACAUCGCUAAGUUAACAUGCCAAUUUGGACAAUGGUUACCUGAACGGCCACCACGAUGUCUACCAAUUUUCUGUCCCAAUCCUGGUCCAUUAUUCAACGGCCGAACUUAUGUAAUCCUAAAAGACGAACGUAUAUCACCCAUACCAAUUCGAAGUGAAUUUCGCUCGUAUAUACCCAAUGUUGGUCACAGUCGAACGAUUGAAUUCGAAUGCAACACAGGUUAUAUUCUUCAUGGACCAUCAGGACUGACUUGUAAUCAUGGACGAUGGAUGCCAUCGGAACGACCGCGCUGUAUUAUGGAGAAUCAUGUGCAACCAAAUAUCAUCUUUACGGGUUAA